CCCGGGGAGCCGGGGCAGCGCGCCCCUGAGCCAUGGAGGAGCUCACGGCGUUCGUCUCCAAGUCGUUUGAUCCCAAAGCCAAGGAGAAGAAGGAGCUCAUCACCUACCGCGAGGUGCUGGAGAGCGGGCCCCUGCGCGGCCCGCGGGAGCCCGGCGGGGCGGCGGCGGAGCCGGGCCGGGAGGACACGGGCAGCCCCGCGGCGCGCGCAGCCGGCGGCGGGGCCCGCAGCGGCGGCGGCGGAGGCGGCCUAGCGCGGCCCGGGCGGGCAGGCCGCGCUCCGGCUGUCCCGGCCCCGGGGGGCUCCCACCGCAUCCCCCCGGGCAGCGGCGGGUGCGGGAUGAGCCCCCGGACCGCGCGGUGCCCGUCCCGCAGCCCCGCCGGUCUGACCUCUGUGUCGUGCCCAGUGACCCCAGAGCUGAAGGAGCGCAAGGAGGAUGCGAAAGCGAUGGAAGACGAAGGGCAGACGAAAAUCAAGCAGAGGAGGAGCCGGACGAAUUUCACCCUGGAGCAGCUGAACGAACUGGAAAGGCUUUUCGACGAAACCCACUACCCGGACGCGUUCAUGCGGGAGGAGCUGAGCCAGCGGCUGGGGCUCUCCGAGGCCAGGGUGCAGGUCUGGUUCCAGAACCGACGAGCCAAAUGCCGAAAGCAAGAAAACCAACUGCACAAAGGUAGCGGAGGAGGGGGGGGGGGGGGGGGGGGGGGGGGGGGGGGGGGGGCGAGGCGGCCGCUCGGGGGUCUCCGCCACGCCGCCCCGCUGUCCCCGCAGGUUCAGGCGCAGCUGCAGCUGGACAGCGCCGUGGCCCACGCGCAUCACCACCUGCACCCGCACCUCGCCCACGCUCCCUACAUGAUGUUCCCGGCCCCCCCCUUCGGGCUCCCGCUCGCCACCCUCGCCGAGUCCGCCUCCGCCGCCUCCGUGGUGGCCGCGGCCGCCGCCGCCAAGACCACCAGCAAGAACUCCAGCAUCGCAGACCUCCGCCUGAAGGCCAAGAAACACGCCGCUGCCCUGGGGCUGUGACCGCCCCCGCGCCGCUUUUUUUAAAAAGG